AAACACCGAUAUUCCUAAUCUAUUUUCAUUUACGUUGCACAUGGUCAGAGUAAAGAUGGCGGCGAAUGUGCCCGUUGUUGCAGUUCGGGGAUCAACGGGCAUUUCAAUCAGUUUGGGUCCACCCAGUUAUGAUCUUGUCUCAUCGUUUGCAAGAGAGGACAGCAAAACAUGCAAGACUAUGGCAUUCGAUCCAACUGGAAAAUACUUUGCCUGGGCAAACGGAACAUGUGUGAAGAUUGCCAGCACAAACACGUGGAAAGUGUUGGCAGAAAUUCCAAGACCAAAAGUUUCCAAUAUCACCUUCUCACCAAAAGGGACAUACAUCAUGACUUGGGAGCAGUACAUGGUUACCCCAGCAAAUCCACAGGGAGGACCAAAUCUUUACAUCUGGAAGUCGGACACUGGAGAUUUAAUAAAAGAAUUUGUGCAAAAGAAGCUUUCUGGCUGGGAACCACAAUGGAGCCAGGAUGAGAAGAUAUGUGCCCGAAUUGUGAACAAUGAUGUUCUUUUUUAUGAAAAUGCUAAUUUUAAUGCAGUUGCAAAUAAGAUUCAUAUUCAGAAGGUGGAAAACUUUAGUCUUGCUCCUGGUACUCCACCAUACCACGUCCUCUGUUAUUGUCCUGGAAAAUCUGGACAACCAUCCUUUGGCAGACUAUUUCAGUAUCCGAAAUUUGACAGCAACAGUUCCUUAGCAAACAAGAGCUUCUUCCAGGCUGAUAAAGUUGAAAUGAUGUGGAAUAAGAAAGGAAAUGGUGUGCUGCUAAUGACAAGUACAGAGAUUGACAAAUCAGGAUCCUCAUAUUAUGGAAAACAAGCUCUUCAUUUUAUCAGCACUAAAGGCGAAACUGCGAUGGUUUUGCUUAGUAAAGAAGGUCCAAUUUACAGUGUUGAGUGGAGUCCGAAGGGCAAUGAAUUCUGUGUUAUUUAUGGUUUUGUUCCUGCGAAAGCUACUUUAUAUAAUAUCAAAUGUGAACCAGUAUUUGAUUUUGGCACAGGACCUCGUAAUUGUGUGCAUUACAAUCCUCAUGGGAAUAUUCUUUUGCUGGGAGGCUUUGGUAAUUUGCAAGGCUAUGUAGAAAUCUGGGACACACAAGCAAAGAAGCUGAUAACAAAAAUGAGUGCCCCUGAUACAACAUUACUCUUAUGGUCACCAGAUGGUGAACAUUUCAUGACUGCCACAACUGCUCCACGGCUCAGAGUGGGCAAUGGAUUUAAAAUAUGGCACUACACUGGUUCAUUGUUGUAUGAACGCCCUUGGAACAAACAAGAAGAAUUAUGGGAGGUCCUCUGGCAGCAGUUUCCUCAAGGAGUAUUUAAGGAACCUCCAAUCAGUUACAAACCUGUAGAAGGAAUUCAGCCUAGCCAGACUCCAGCCUCAACUCAAGUAUACAGACCGCCAUCAGCUCGUGGCAGGGAGAGCAACUUUCGGCUACAUGAAGAUGAACCACCAACCAACCUUAAACCAGAGUCCAACCCAUCCAAAGCUGCCUUGAAACAAAAGAAGAAACGAGAAGCCAAGAAGGCACGGAAAGAGCAAGACAAUUCUCAGGUUGUUACAAAUGGAGAAUCAGCUCCAGUAACCUCACACACAGUGAAGCUCCCACCUGCAAUUGCAGAAGUGGAAAUGCCCGAUGAUCCCGAGAAAAGCAAGAAAAUCAAGAAGAUAAAGAGUAAGCUGACUGAAAUAUCACGCCUGAAGGAGCAACGUGCUGCAGGUCGCCAGCUGGAACUCAAUCAGCUCGAAAAGAUUAAAAAGGAAGAUGAGCUGCUCAAGGAAUUGCAGAGCCUCGUCUUGUGAUAGUGGACCAGUGGUUACAGUUUGAGGGCUUCCGACAUGACAAAACGAUAUACGGCUCGGGUUGUGCAAUCUCAAAAUGUUGCCAACUCGUAAACAAAAAGUUCCCGCACAGUUGAAAGCAAACAGUACACCUCCAAACUUAUGUCAUUGAUUUCACAUCAAUAUUGAGCAAAAAUGAACUGUCAAUUGCUUUGCCUGACUCAUCGCUACAGUUCAGAAAGUAUUUUUUUGUUUGUGUAAUUAUUUUUGGAUAUCUAAUUGUGUUAUAGAAACAGCUGGAAAAUCAGUCUUCUUUUAUUUUCUUGAAGAGGUAUGUAUGCAGUUUAUACUUGGUGCUUUGAUGUGAAUUACUUUGCCUGUUGUUUGUGGACGUAUCAGUAUAAAUUUUCUUUUGUGAUAUAGUGAAUAGUGUUGUUAUGGGACUUAGCUUUACAUUGAUUUGAAAAGUAAUGUUCAAACAAUGUAAAGAAUACAUGAAAUGGAUUAAAAUUAUACUAUAUUAUUACUGAUUGGGUGGUGCUACAUAUUCUCUAUGAGAGUUACACAUUUUAUUAUACUUUAAUGAAAAUUUAUAUGUACAUAAUUUUACUCUGAAGUUUAGAAACAAAUGACCUGAACAAGAAUAAAAGUGAGUGUGUAACUGAGUAAUUUUGGAUGUGAACAACUAAGACCAAAACAAAACAUUUGUGGAGCACAUUCAGUAGUAGAACAUAGUCAGGCAUUUGGUCUCUGUUGGAAUUGCUUAUGCCGGAUCAAAAUGUGAAAUUUGUAUGAUACAUGGAAAUAGAUAAAUACAGAAAAGAUUCAUUUAUAUAUUGCUGAGGAGUGUAUUUUGUCAAUGUCAAGCUGAUUCGUCACGUAAUGAUCUUUUUAAGAUGUAUUUAAGUACUGGAACAGUCCAUUAAAACAAAUAUAAAUUAUAGCUGUUAGAUAUGUAUAUUAGCUGACAAGAAAUAUGAAAAAAUUACAGUAGGAAAACUUAUUUAUGUACUGUCCUAAAUGUAAAUCUAAAUUCAGAUUCUGUGUCCUCAUGUAACUUUCUAUAUGAGAGUAUAAUAGUAAUUUUCCUGUAUAAAGUCUAGAGCUUGCUCUAUGUAUUUUGUUCAUUUUGUGAUAGUAAACAAAAUUUCUGAUCAUGUUAUUUUGCCCAGUUUACAAACAUAAAUGUAUACUGGAGUGCUUAAUUUGUAUUCUGAAUUUUGUGAUUGGUAUUACUUUAAUUUAAUAGCUCAUUUGAACAUAGAAAAAGGCAGUGACAUUCAGUUGUUUAUCAGUGUUGCAACAUACAUAUGUCUUCAUAUGAAUAGUAGCUUAAAUAAGUUCAUUGCAAAAUAUAUUUUUAUAUACAUAUAUAUCUAUAAAUAUGAUGUGUAUAGAUGGCGUUGAUGAGUCCAUGAACAUAGUUAUCUAAGCGCAGUUUUGUUUCUUUUCAGAUUUAAAAUUUUUGAUGUAUUAUAGUGAAUCCUCAAACUGGAAAAGAAUAUAAAACAAAAUAUGAUAACAUCUUGUCGACAUUAAUUGUCAACAGUUUCAAAGAAACUGUGUUAUGUUCGCAUGUGAAACUUCUCACCAUCCUUUGGGUUUGAAUAAAAUAUCUGAUAAUGAACUUUGCAAUUGCUUUGCCAGAUUAUUGUUUAUUCUUCUUUCUUCUUCCUCUUUUUUUAUGUAUAAAAUUUUCCAUAUUGUAAUUUGGAAAUUGAUACAUUAUGCAGUACAGUAAUUAUGGUUGCAAGUGACAGAAAUUAUGUACCUAUUAUGAUUAUUUAAAUGGCUGUGUGACAUUUUAUGUAUAUUGAGUGGGCAUGUUAUGUACAGGAAUUGUGUUAAAAUCAGCACUUAAUUAAAAGAAGGCAGUAAAUUGGAGUAAUUUUUUCUUCAGCAAGUGUUACUAAUACUUUUGUAUAGAAAGUGGGCAUAAUUCAUGUAAUUGGUGCUGAUUUACCUUUGUUUCCUGCAUGCUGCAUUUUUUUAUUAUUGUUGUGAAAAGAAAAUUCAAAUAAUACUGCUGUGUGCAAGACAGCUGUGGGGUAGGUACGUAAUCAAUACGAAUUUCAGAACAGACUUUUUUUUU